UUUAUUGACUAUGAAUAUUCCUUUAGGAAAAAAAUGGGUACACGGCUCAUUCUGCCUCAUGAAGUUCCCAAUCAUUGGGAUAAAGUGUUAGAUGUUCUGUGUCAUGUGAAAUGGUCUCCUAUGGAUCUCAUCUCUGCUAUUGACAAUAUCAGAAAAUACUCCUACAAACAAGUUAAAGAAAUGCCGGCUGCGAGUCGGUUUUCAGGAUUUUUAGGUUUUUUGAAGGAUGCCAGUUGUGUUGGGGGGAAUCCUGACCUGUUUUGGGGAGACUGUGGUUUUUCACAUCAUAAUCCAGAUUCAUUUGUAAAAGGAUGGUUUUUAGCUCACACUGUUCCAUUUAUUGCUCAGCUUGUUAUGGACAUGCCUCAAACCUUCCCAUCUGGACUAUCAACUUUGAAUACAGCAGAUGAUCAUAUCCAAAUGACAUGCCUUACCAAACACCAGUGUGCUUCAUUGUUAGCCUGCUCAUUUUUCUCUGCAUUUCAUCAUAGUGCCGCUCCAAAGAAGACAACAAUAAACUUUGACGGCAUAUUUAUAACUCUCAAUCAGAAAUGUCCUCAAAACGUUGCUAAACUCUGUAUGAUAAUGAACUAUUUUGAGAGAUGUAGGUUGAAAAUGUAUAAUGCAUCUCAAGCAUUGAUAAUCAAUAGGCUACACAAUAUAUCACCUUAUACAGCUAGUAAAUGGGCUUCAAUCACAUCACCUCUAUCUGAGUUCACAGUUGAUGAAAAUGGAUCCAUCAAUGAUGCAGGUCCGGAGUCACUUCAUGCUGACUUUGCAAAUAGGUGGAUUGGUGGUGGGGUUUUGAAACGGGGUUCAGUUCAAGAAGAGAUAAUGUUCUCUAUUUGUACUGAGCUGCUCACUACAAUACAUAUCUGUGACAUGAUGAAUGACAAUGAAGCAAUUGUGAUCACUGGUGCUGAGGACUUUUCUUUACACAAGGGAUACAGCAGAGACCUCAAGUUUAUUGGAAAUGCUCCCACGUCUCAAGAUGUGGUGAGCAGAGUGGCUAUGGACGCAACACGUUUCAGAGGAGACAAGGAUCACAUGAGACAAUACAGUGAAGCUGUUAUUUUGAGAGAGCUCAACAAAGCUCAUGUUGCUUUUAAUCAUGAGUAUCCAGCUCCUGGUGCACCUGUUGCUACAGGUAAUUGGGGCUGUGGAGCGUUUGGGGGCCACAUUCAGUUGAAGUCUAUGUUACAGUGGAUUGCUGCCAGUGCCUGCUCGAGACCUGUUACCUACUUUACCUUCAAGGACCCAAACUGCAGUGGAAUGGGAGAGAUGACGAGGUUCCUGAAAGAGAAGAACUUGACUGUAGGAAGGUUGUUUGAGGAGGUGAGAUUAUUUGCUGCUCAGAUUGAGCCUCAAGACAAACCUAAAGAUGAAUUGUUUCAACACUUGUGGGCUACCUUUAAAGAUUAAAUGCACAAAGGCUUUGGGAUUAAGAGCAGGAAAAACAGUGAUUUUUUGCUUGUUUUUUUUUGUUUUAUACCAUGCUUGAUUAAAAAUUAAGUUUAGAUAAUAUUCAGAAGUAAUUGAGAGAUUAUGAUAUCUAGAUAAUUUGUUGCCUGUUUCAUAUUUAAUUAAGUUCAGUUUUUUGAUAUUAUCUAUGUUUUGAUUUUGAUGCUUUUAAUUACUUUACAUUACGAGGACAUAUUUACAGUUUAUUAGUUGGUGUUUUUAUGUUCGAAAAAUGCUGAUAUUAGAAUUCAAUUUUAGGCAA